AUUGUUAUAUAUGGGCAACAAAGAAAAACUGAAGAACAACUAAGAAGGACAGAGGAGCGAGAAAAAGGCAAGCAAGUGAGGGAGAACGAUAAGCAACCGAUGAGAACAGCAGAGCAACUGAGAGUGAAAGAUGAGCAGCUUAAACUAAACGAGAAGCAACUGCGAGAAAAAGGCAAGCUAGUGAUGGAGAAAGAUAAGCAAUUGAGGGAGAAAGAUGAGCAACUGAGGAGAAAAGAAGGGCAACUGAGAGAGAAAGAUGGGCAACUUAAAGUGAAGGAGGGAGAGUUGAAAGAUUUAAGGGAUCAACUACAAGACUUCGUUGUUGUCCAAAACAAGCUUUCCGCAGCUAAAAAACAGUUAACUAAAUAUGAAAGUCAGUCUGGCUCACCUGACUGGGUCCUUUGCCGAGAUGAAGUUCAUUCUAAUUGGGAUGAGUUUCUGGGGGAGGGGUCGUUUGGAAAAGUUUUCAAAGGCAAAUACUGUGGCUGUGUGGUAGCUAUAAAAAAGCUUCACUUUUCGACUCUUACUGAAAAACAGCGCGAUGGGUUUGAACGGGAAAUGAAGAUAGCCUCAAGAUGCCGUCAUCCAUGUUUGUUGCAAUUCAUUGGGGCCACCCAAGACGAAAGUCCCUUGUUUGUUACAGAACUCAUGGAGACAAGUUUACAAAAGUUGUUAAAAAAGCGGAAGCAAGAGAAGCAACAUCUCACCGAAACAGAAAUUAUCGUUAUAUGUUUGGAUGUUGCCAGAGCCCUAAACUACCUUCACCGACGACAACCUCCAAUUGUACAUCGUGAUGUGAGUAGUGCUAAUGUGUUGCUGUGGAAACAGAAUAACCAGUGGAGAGGCAAACUGGGAGAUUAUGGAACUGCUAAAUUUCUUCAGGAUACCAUGACAGCUCAUCCCGGAACUCAGAUUUAUGAGGCGCCUGAAAUUCGUUAUCCUUCGGGGCAAACAGUGGCGGUGAGUCUGUUCUAUGGAAUUUAAUUGUAAAGUAAAGGGUAAUGACUUUCCUUUAAAAAAAAACACAGUAUAGUUUGAACAAUUGUCUGAACAUGAACAACGCUAACUACCGGUAUCUUUUGCAGCUUCUCCGUUAGUUAUUUAAGCUAUAUACAACUAAGAAUUACGUCACUGCUUUUAAUAAACGCUUGCAUGGAGGUGAGCUCCCAAAAUGAUCAAACCGUAAUUCCUCUAUUAAGCCUUUUGGGGGCUUAUUUAUUUCAAGCACGUUUGAGUGGGUGCGCUUAAUAGAAAGGGGAGGGGGGGGGGGCUUAUUUUAUGUAGCGAAGAUGAUGGUAUGAACUCUCCAUAAAGGAGUAGAACGCAAAGUAGAAAAGCUCAGGCAAAUGAAGUUGGACGUCUUGCAGGGGAAGACUACAGAGGAACCUCUACUUGGUCCCGUGGGUGUCGCCUGAAUAGAGGUUCCACUGUAAAAACAAAUCCGAACUUCCAGAAGGUGAAUAAACCAUACCGGAUAAGUCCACAUGAAGUGUUACAAUGGUAAUCAAUUAAUACAGUCUACCAUCUAAGAAUAUUGGGAGGGAAGGGGAGGGGAGGGGGGGGGGGCUUAAUAACUUUCUUCUCCCAAAAAGGAGGCUCAUUAGAGUGGGGCUUCAUAGAGGAUUCACGGUACAUGUAUGUACCGCUUCUAAGGACAUCUCUAUUUGUUCCAAUCAUUUUUCUGUAAAAUUAUAUUGAUAGACUGGUAAUCCGUUAAUGUGGUUAUCUUAGAAAACCGCAGAAAAUGAAACCUGGCAGUAUCUAGACAUUGACUGAAAUUUAGCAGCUUUUGCCUCCAUCACAGAGGCUUUAGGAAAGUUAAACUUCACUGCAACUGUUCUUAGUGGAGUAUUUGCAGCCAGCGUCGCAUACGUAAUUUCCUUGGUCGGUAACGUUUUACGGAGCCGAGCCGAUAUCCUUGUUCUGGGCUCCCAGCGGACUCAACCAAUUACCGGAAGUGCGUUUCGAAUUUCCUUUCAAUAUGGUUGGCAAAUCGAUAGUGGCAUUUUCAACAGGUUAAUCAUGUCGCGUACUCAAAUCCAGGUACACAGGUGGGGGCCCAGAACAAGGAUUUUGGCGUUGUUUCACAGGCGGACUUGACAAAAGUUUAGUUUCGUCUGUGCUAAUUAUUGGCUGUUUGCAGUUUCCUGGGAGAAGUAUAUUUUGAGGCUGUCGGCUUAGCUACAUUGUCAGGCUUCUACCCACAACAGAGAUAGUGAAAAUGUGAAUUAACGUUUCAUUUUCUAUUGUAGCGUAACAGGAACACAGGAAGAAAAUUUCUGCCUUGGUAAAAACGUGAUCAUCCAGGGUGAAGAUAUACUUUAAUUCAAGUAUUUUGUUUUGUUGGUUUAGAUUGAUGUUUUCAGUUUUGGAGUCCUCUUCUGUGAAAUGUGUACCGGGGAACCACCAGAACCUGAAAAUCGCGAGGAUAUAGUGAGACAGUUAACUAACAAGAACUUUGGAGAGCUGAUACUGUGGUGUAUUGAACAUGAUGCAAAAAUGAGACCCAGCAUGGGAGAUAUCAUUGAGAACCUGGAGCAGUUAAAUCAUACGUCUUAA